AUUUCCUUGUAUGGGUUUUUGAUAGCUGUUAAAUUGAAUUAGUAUUUCUGAUAUGUUUUCACAUUCAGAACCAAAAUAAAUAACAAAUAGAGGAUAACUGUGGACGUAAUUCUCCAAAUCGACUUGCAUUUUGUUCAUUAUUGCCACACUGCUGCCAUUCUGCUCAAGCUCCUCCUUUUGUAGAAUAGGAUUUUUUGCAAACACCUUACGUUCAAUGAUGGCAGCCAUUUGAAUUUAAACAUGUCUUCCAUGUUUCAUAAAAUAUUACGAAAUUUCAUAUUUUCUUCUAAUUGAGCCUUACAAUAUACAAGAUUAAUACAAGAUUCAUGAUCGUGGAACGUAUUCCAUUUGCCUUGAAAGCAACCGUCAAGUACAAAAUCUUAUUCCAAACGUGUAAAACAAGAGGUUGCCUAGAGAAUCAUACGGGAGAGCUCUGUCUUCGCAUUCUAAGAAAGAAGACAGCAGAGGAGCUUAGCUAUGGCAUUAUUCGUUCUCCAUCAAUCUUUUCUAUUUUUCCAUUUUAAGCCUCCAUUUUUCUUUCCUUAUGCACACUUCCUUUCCUCCCUACUGUUCGGUUUUCUAACUUAUUCAUCUAAGCAUCAACAUGAUCACAUGAAAACAAAACCCUUAACCCUUUCUAUUCCCACCUCUCAUGUCCCAAUCAUCUUCUCACUCACGCAAGAAUUAAGUCUUGUGAUAUUUCUUCAUGGGUUUUGAUGUUUCUUUCUUUCUCCGUCAUCCCUUCAGCGUCAAGAUUACAACUUUGGAUUUUUAUGUGAAUAACCCAUUUUUCUUUUUCUUUUCCUUGGCUUUAUAUAGAAAUACAGGCAUUUUUAUAAAGAAAAUAUAAAUACAUAGUUGCGUGAUCUUGAUUGAGGCUUAGUAUGGGAUUUUGGGGAAGCCUUCAACGGUUGGAGUUUCUACAUAGAUGAUGGUGUUUCUGAGUCUUUUGUGUGUAGCUUUUCUUGUUGGUUUAGUAAUUGGAUGGGCAUGGAAGCCCAAGUGGGUAACCAUUCGAGGAGACAAAUUAACUUGUCUUGUAUUAGAAUCCUUGGAUUUAACGCUGCCGUCAUCUACACCCAAGGUUUCUGCAUCGGCUUCAUGCUCUAACUCAUUCAUGGUCUGUUCACAGACUGAUGAACCGUGGCUGGCUCAUAAGCCUGCAGCCAAGAAAUCAAUAUCACUAUCCAUUUCAGAAUAUCAAAAUUGCAGCACAUCACAGCAGAAUGAAGAACAAUCUAAUGUUGCCAAUCUUGUGAUGGAGAAGGAUUUAAAACAUCUAUGCCAGCUUAUUGAGAUGAAAGAUGGAGGUCCUACAUGGAUACAAAUGAUGGAUCACUCCAUCCCUGGCAUGAGAUAUCAAGCAUGGAGGAGACAUCCCAAGACUGGUCCACCUCAAUAUCAUGCUAGAACUGUGUUUGAGGAUGCAACACCAGAGAUGGUGCGAGACUUUUUCUGGGAUGAUGAAUUCCGGGGAACUUGGGAUGCUAUGCUUGCAUAUUCUGCAAUAAUAGAUGAGUGUCUCAUUACUGGGACUAUGAUUGUGCAAUGGAUUAGAAAAUUUCCAUUUUUCUGCAGUGACAGAGAAUACAUAAUAGGUCGACGAAUAUGGGAGUUGGAUGGAUCUUAUUACUGUGUGACAAAGGGAGUACCCUGUUCAUCUGUUUCCAGGCGAACUAAACCCAGACGAGUAGACCUGUACUACUCAAGUUGGUGUGUUCGAGCAGUGGAAUCAAGAAUGGGGGAUGGCUUGAGUGCCUGUGAGGUAUUACUUUUUCAUCAUGAAGAAAUGGGUAUACCAUGGGAAAUUGCAAAGCUCGGAGCAAGGCAUGGGAUGUGGGGAACGGUCAAGAAGUUCGAGCCUGGCUUACGUGCGUACCAGAAAGCAAGAGCAUCUGGUGUUCCACUUUCUCGCCCUGCAUUAAUGGCUCAAAUCACUACCAAAAUAAAUCCAGGGUUCCCAAGAUCCUUGGGAGUCGAUGAUAAUUCAUCAGAAACUGAGGCACCACCAAAUUCAACCAACAGAAGUUCUGGUAGUAAGAUACCAAAGUUGUUAAUUUUCGGUGGGAUGUUUAUGCUUGCUUGCAGCAUUGAAAGGGGGAUUUUAACUAUGGCAUUUAUAUCUGGUGUGGCAAGAAAGUUUGCAAAUUUAAGACAAAGCUUGUAAAUUUGGUAUUGAAGACUUGUUUCUCUUUUUUCUUUUUGUCAAACACUUGAGGGAUGCUCCUUUUUUCCAAGUGUCACCACUUUGUCCUAAUGACAAUAUAUUUGAACCAGUUCUCUCCA